CACACACACACACAGUAUACAGUCAGAGAGAGUGAGAAAGAGGGGCAGUGUGAGCCACAGUGUGAGUGGUUGAGAGCAAGAAUGACGAUCUGCUUCCUGCUCUAUAUAAACUCCUGACUGCUCCUCCUUUGCCAGAAUGCUGAUAAAAUCCCACUUCAUUUAUCUGGAUAUUUCUACCAUCCUUGGACACACAAUGUGCAGAGGACUAGCAGCACUCCCAAAUAACUGCCUGGAAAGGGCUAAAGGAUUAAAAGCACGCAUGAGCAUCUUUCUGCAAAAGCAAGACUGGAAGCUUCUGUGCUAUGCUUUCAAGCUGAGAAAACCAAGACUGACUUUGGAGGAAUGCUUGAUGUGGAAGGAGUCUUUUGAAAAUCUGCUAUCUAGCAAACAUGGAUUAUAUGCCUUUAGAGCUUUUCUGGUGUCUGAAUUUAGUGAGGAGAACAUCGCCUUCUACCUGGCCUGUAAGGAUUAUAAAAACACAAAGUCUGAAGCCAAACUCCAGGCCAAAGCUCAGAGGAUUUAUAAUGAGUUCAUUGGAAGUGAAGCUCCAAGAGAGGUCAACAUUGACCAUGAGACUCGAGACAUUACCCAAGCCAACAUCAAAGUCCCUACAGCAACCUGCUUCGAUCAAGCUCAGUACCGAAUCUACAUCCUGAUGGAAAAGGACUGCUACCCACGAUUCCUCCGCUCCAGCACUUACCGUGACCUGGUGAGCCAGCUAACCAAAAAGAAUAUCAAAGCUGCUACCAAGAAAGCCUGAGCAGCUUUUCCCCAAACAUUAAAAGAAGCUAAAGGAAUGACAGAAGUACUGAACCUCUGAUGGACGGGAGCCAGACUUUUUGAGGUGGCCCCUGUACUGAUCCUGACAUAGGUGAGCAGGCCUGUAAUUGAGGAAGACGAGGAAGAUGGCAGCUUCAGAUCAUAAACUGUAGCAGCCUAGAGUGGAAGAAGACGUCCACAUCGUGUCCCUUUAAUGGGAUGAAA